GCUGCAGCAGGCACCUCCUUGUUUCAAUGGCUGGCCGGCACCCUGGCUAAGUCAGGUGGAGAUGAUUUAGAUAGCCCCAACUCAGUAAGGACCUGUCCGUGUAUGGAAACACUACUGUGAUACCUGUUUAUUGUCAUGGAACACUGCUAGCCUGGAGACAACAUGACACCCAGGCAGCAGAAGAACCCUGGCAUCCCUCUGUGUGUGGUGGAGCUAACAUGGCCAUCGCUGCUGUCUCCUGCCUAUCAUGAGUGUCAACCAGGAUACCUCAGGAUACAUUGUUGACAAGAAACAGGGUAAAAUACACACGCAGAACGCCGACCUACUCUCACUGCUUACAGAAAACUCCAGUGACAGUUUGAUCAGUAAGGCUGAUCUCAUAGACACGCAACGAUCUGACAGAAGCCACAGGAGCAGCAAAACUCCCUUAGAUGCAAAUAACAAUUCCCAAAGUGAAGUAGGGUCUCAUUUAGAGGAAGAUUCAGAGAGUGUUGGUAGACAAUCCCAGACACCGCAGGUUGUAUCAGAUAGACGGAACUUUCCCCAACCGAAGCCCAGUGCACUUCUCCCAUCAGCUCGAGCUCCGUCAACUGACAUAAAGGAGGCAGGCAGGUCGAGUUCCACGAGUGUGUAUGCAGUAGCUAAUCCUGAUAUUCUCAGAGCUUCAGGACUAACCCCAACUCAACCAAAUCAGUACUUUCCCAAAUAUGUUUCUCUCAAGUCCAGGUCUCAGGAUGCUCAUCUUGCUUCCAUUGCAGUAGCAGAGGAGGAAGAAGCCACACCCACACCCACACCCACACCUACACCCACACCCACACCCACACCCACACCCAGGUCAAAUAGUGUGUCUGCAGCACCAAGGUCAAAUAGUGUGUCUCAAACGCCAAGCUCAAAUAGUGUGUCUCCAACACCAAGGUCAAAUACUGUGUCUCCAUCACUAAGGUCAAAUAGUGUUUCACCAACAAAAGAAUCAACUCCUGCGUCUGUAUCGGCAAGUCAUAAAUUAACGUUUAUUGCCGAUUCCCUGGAGUUUACUGAGACUGACCUAGAGAAACAUUUAACUCCCCUGUCUCCAGAUCCAGAAGCUACGAGUCGAGAUCAAGAUCCAACUCCAGCCCAGACUCCAUCUGUUGUUGUUCAAGAGAACACUUUUGAUAAACCUCCAAAUCACAAGGAAAAAGUUCAAGUAGAUAAAAACUUACUGCAAGUUCCUGCCAGAAAGUCCUCAGCCAAGUCCGAGGCCCACAAUCCUGAGAGUCUCGUGUUUGAGCGAGACUCACUCUCCUCCAGUGCCAGUAUAGAGGAGAUUGGAAGGGCAAGGAAGACUGCAGACUCAGCUGAUUCAAGCAGGAGUAGAGUUUUUGUGAUAAGGAAUGAGUCACAGAAUACUAUGAGUGGAGCCAGAAACCGGAAAGUUUAUGUAGAAUCCCCAGCAUUCACUCACGAAGAAGAGGAUGAGUUCCGAUUUGUGAGUAGUCGUGUUGAUGACUACCAGGAUAUGAGUGACACCUACAGGCAGCUUGAUGAAUCUACUGUGGAACACAAAUCCAAGAAGAAGAGUAGUGGAAAACAUGUGCGGUAUCAGGAUAGUGAUAGAUUUGAAGACAAAAACCAGCUUGACCUUGAGGAAGAUGCUAGGUCAGUUCAUAGGUUAAGUCAAGGUCACGACGUAACUUACAAGUCAGCUUUAAGAAAUCCAAAUCGACAAGAAUCUGUGUCGAGUCCAGUUAAGAGUUUGGUUCUUCCAGACAAGCCAUCCUUUGACCAAGGUGAAAUAGAAGAACUAGACCGUGAGUCCAAAUAUCAGGAUGUGUUGAAACAAAGAAUUGAUCAUAGCAGACAGACAUUGGAAAGUGCAGAAGUCCCUAAAUUACCUUUAUCCCCAGACACAGAUCAUGACUUCAUGCGAGAUUCUCUAGAUAUGGCUGGAGAGAUUUACCAAGAAGGCCGAGGUAGUGCCCCUCGGGAUUCGAUGGAGUUGUACCAGGGGCAGCCUAAUCAGAGUGUUGCCCCGAGAUAUGGACAGAUGGAGAACACCACAUGGAGGAACCCCCCUCCCCAGCCGUUCUCGGCCCCUCCCUACGAGGAGGAGAAGGAGGAUGUGCUGGGUCAGUUCCACAGACAGAAUGCUGUGGAUGGAUAUGCCUCGGAACCAGAUUACCGCAUUCAGCAACGGAGAGACGACUACCCGGAACCUCCAAGUGAACCUUCCCACUAUCCACAGGAACAUCAAGGUUAUCAAAAACAUCCAAAUGGUCCGGCGUACCAGGCCCAUCCUCAGUAUUAUGAAGCGUCUCCUCAAGGGCAGCGAGACUACCCUCAUCAACAGCAGUUUCCUACGUCUGGUUACUAUGACAAUGGUCAGGGUUACCCACAAAGGAAUCCUCACAUUUCUUCCUUUGUCCCUGAGGAUAGAAUUCAUCAAUCAUAUGAUUCCGAACAGAGUUAUCGACCUCCGUACAACGAAUAUGAACAGACUAAUCCCAGUGGUGGUUACAUGUACUAUGAUGACGCAAACGGUGGGCCUGAGAACGGUCACUAUGACAAUAGACCCGAGUUGGUAGGAGGAUACUCCAACCAGAAUAGAGUUGAUCGAUACGUAAAUGAAAACGUGGAUCCUAAAAUGGAAAUGUCGAGUCCAGGGAAACCCCACUAUGACUAUGUCACAAACAACAGGUUUGACUAUGGACGGCAACCACCAAAGUCUUACAAGCAGCUCAGAGAUAUCAAAAAUGAGGAAAAGUCAAAGUUAGAGACAUUUUUCAUCAAACCCAAAGUGAAACCUAAGCAUGAUGCAGCUGGGCAGUCAUCUGCUCGCACUGUGAACUCUUUAGAAGGAGCCGAGUUGUACCAUCCGCCCAGAGCACUGAAUGAGAAGCCUGCCUCAGCUGAAGACCUGUGGGCCCAGAGAGCAGCUAAGUUGCAGCAGAGGUCAGCAGGGAAACAGGGCUCCAAGAAGAAACCCGGAUCAAAGCUCGUCAAAUAUCCCAGUGACAGUGGGUUAUCUGCCCGUUUAGACCCCAAAGUGCCAUUACCACGACCAGCCUUCCUGCCUCAAGCUGUGAAUCCAGGCCCUCACAGUAACUAUGCCUCCCCCCCACACUCAUUCCCAUCCUCCCCCCAGAGGCGCCCCCUGGAAUUGAAGCCGAUCUCGCAGGAAGUGAUCACCUCUGAUGGUCAGAGGAUAAGUGUGGAUGUCAACCUGAAGCUCAUGUCCCCGCCACCGGCCCACCACCACUCGGAUGGCUACCUGCACAGGCCGCAGACGUACAUACAGGACGUCACUGACCCUGUCGGUCAAGCUGGACAUCAGUACCCGAUCAUGGACUACCACAACCAGCAGGAUUAUGGGGAGAACUACAGUGAUGCCUACAGUGGUGUCAGCAAUGGACAGCCCGGCUAUGACAGUAUGCCAAAGGAUACUCGCCAGCUCGGCAACGCUUACCCCAAGAUACCUCCCAUACCUUCCAGUAGUGAGAGCAAGGACUCACAUCAGCAGCAGAGUGAACCGAAUGAUGGGUACGUGGCCCAGUUCCGCAAGCUGCGAGACAAGAAACAGCAGGAUGAACAUCCAUGGUACAAGGUGUACAACAUCAACGACUACAGGAAGAUGCAGAAGGAGGUCCGUCUGGGGACUCUCGGACCCGACCUCGAUAAUGAAUCCUUCAAAGAUAGGAUGGAAAAGAUGCAGAGACAGACGCACUAUGCACGGCUGGUGCAGGAGCGCAACAAGCAGGAAGUCACCCACAAGAAGCCGCCAUCCUUCCCCAAACCUAAAGACCAGGAUGACAUCAUGAACAAACGCAGGCUGGCUCUGGAGUAUGCCAAGAACGUCCCCAAGCCCAGUGUGAAGGUGCAGCCCAACCCCUACAACUCCUACCAGGUAGCAUCGCAGAUGGUCAGCACCAACCCCGCCUCCGGACCGCUGGUCAGACAACAAUAUAAACAACAACCUGUUGUGGAUGUCAUAGACCUGGAGAAACUGCAACAACGACAUGAGCAGGAUAAGCAGAAUGUGGCCAAGAUUCGACAGAACAUGGACAGCGUGGUGGCCCAGAAUGCCUAGAGUGCUUGCAGUCACACACACAACAGUGAAACAGUGCAUUUACUUUGUGGAAGUUGUUCAUUUUCAGUUCUGGAUUGAUAGUUAUCCACCGUCAGGGCUGUUAUGUUAUGUGUAGUUAUCUGUUGAAUGGAUUUGUAUAGUAUAUCAUGUGUCUACUUUGUAAGUUUUUUGUGUCAUUUGAAAAAAGGUUUUAUAGAUUUGAAGAUGAAUAUUUUUUGAUUGAAAAAAUCAAACUGAUACAAUGAAUUUGAGGUGAUGAUUCCUCUUUAACACUGCUGGUAACUGUGCUAUUGAAAUAAAGACUAUUGAUUUUUCAUGAAACAGUAUUAAAUGGAGACCACCCUGUAAGUCUCUCAAUUUGUGUGAGAUCAAAAUACCAUAUUUUCUUUCUCAUCACCCGUUCGUUUACCGGACUUCGCUGAAGGGGUACGGUGUAAUUUUUUUCUGCGCUUGAUAAGCGAAUUUAUUUUUUUCCAAAAUACUGAAUCCGCUAGAGGGGGUGCGCAUUAUACAUGGGUGCGCACUGUACUCAAGAAAAUAUGGUACUAUGUACGAUUACGAUGACAUGAUGACACAACACAUUUUGAGACAAAUGUAACGACUUUGAUGACCAUGUGUCAUGUCCUGAUUCACUGAGCUACACCUCAGCGCUGUUGGAUAUCACUUUGUAAAUAUAUAGCUGUGAUAUCAUAUAGUGAUAUCCUGACUUUCUGCCAUUCCUGUGUCUCAGACAUGACUCAAUAUGUUUUCCAGCAAAACAUCAAAAACACCAUGCAUAUAUUUUUGCAAUGCUUGAAUUCAGUCUCAGUACCAUCAACAUACUCCGUUAGUUCCAGACAUCAAGGGUGUUAGAUCUCCAUUCAUUGUUAUAAAUACCCUGGACCACUCACUACCUUUGGGAGAUGACGUCACGAUUCGGACGUCUCUUUCCCCCUCACUCGUCCGUUUGAUUCGAUUGAAUGGCUAUUUUUAGUGUCAUGUCAUUUGAAUCAGGCUUAAAACGAAGCUAUGGUAGCGGAUUGGUUCAGGGUGGUUUUUGUAUUUUAUUUAUUACCAACAGGGUUAAAAAUAACCAAGUUCAUAAAAAUCGUAUGUGCACUAGUGCAAAGUGAAUUGUUUCAGUUAUUCGGACGUCAUUGUCGACGUCAUUAGAAUCUCAGACCUAAGGACGGAAUGACGUCACACUAGAAACGACAUUAUAGCUGAAGAUUAUUGACGUCAUUUGACAAAUUGAUCUGGGACAACAGUGGUGUUCAGUGCAUUUUUUGUUAAGGAAAGCUCAAAAGAAUUAAGAAAUAAUGGGUAAUAAAGAAAUUAUUACUCUCACAUGUGUGUCACAUUGGUUUUACGAAACUUGUGUAAGAAUGCAUGUCUUGUCCUUGCUCUCGAACAAGAAAUACAAGAAUACUGACACUCAUUUUUGUAAAACCAGUAUCUCUAUUUAUUAUCCUAGACUGGAGAUAUACUACCCUGGAUUAGGGAGGAUGUGUUGUGGGAUGUUCCUACACUCCGUCCAGCCUCUGUGAUAUGUAUAUAUCUAUAUCUCUAUGUUUUGUACUCCAUGUCAACUCAUCCCAUCAAUGUAGCUCUAGAAACGUGGGAAGAUAGUCUUUGAGGAUGGUGUACAUACUGUUCUAAAGUGCUACUAUUUUAUACUGUAAAAAGAUGGUAUGGAGAAGCUAUUUCAGUUUGUUUGUGUGUACAAACAUGUUGUGUUUGUGAUAUGUUAAUUUGGUUUUAUCAUAUGAUUUACUGUAGUGAUCUUAUAGCUAGGUUCAACGGACACCGGGAGUUCGUAACUAGGAAUACUUUGUGGAACAAUGUCCAACUGUUGAUAUAUUCUGAACUAUUUCAAUUUUAUGUAAAUAUUUUUACAAUGAAGAUUUAUGUUGAAAAGAGGUAACGUGGUUCAUUCAUGGAAGAAGGAGUUCAACUAAUCUGUACAUAUUGAAAUAUUCACGUUGUAAAAAUUAAUCCCCAAGGUCCCAACUUUGUAGGAGUAGUUUCAAAGUUAAAAACAAUAUGAUAAAUCUUUAUUAGGGGAGUGGGGCAUCUUCCCGAGGCAAGAGAGUUAGCUGACUUUAAAAGUCUAGUUUCCACCCUUGCCGAACUAGGCUGGAAUUACUGGGCUCGAUCGUAGCGCCACCAGUGGCUAU